AAAAAAAUCCUUUGUGUUUUCUAUUCAAUGAAAAGGAACAGGAUAUAUAUUCAAGCUUAAAACGUGUUCGAAUGGGACCAUUCAUCGUGUAUGUGUAUGAUGUGUGUUAAUAACAAUCUUUUGAUUAUUUUUUGCUGUUUUAAUAAAAUAAAUGUUUGUCUAUCUAUGAUUUAUAUAAAUUUUGAUUGUUUUAAAUUAUUCGAAUUAUCUCUACGUAUAAAUCGAAUAUUAACUGAUGAUUUUGGUCUUAAAAUUAAUGCUGCAUUUAUGGCAACAUCACCAACAUUAUCACCAGAUUCUAUACGAUAUUUGGAUAACAAAGUAGCUAACAUAAUUUUUUCUUCUUGUAAAGCAAAUUUUUGUCCAAUACAAUUUCGUGGUCCAGCCGAAAAUGGCACGAAUGCAAAUGGAUUUAUACGUCCACAAUAAUGUUCCGAACCUUCGAUAAAACGAUCAGGUAUAAAACGUUCCGGUUGUUGAAAAUAUUUUGGAUCUCUUUGAAUGUAAUAUAAAAG